AGUAUAGUAACAUACUGGCUUUCAGACCCAGCUCAGCGGGCGUUCGUGUUCCAAGGUUGGCUUGUAGGCCACAUUGACCAAGACAAGAGCAGCAUUGGCGGGGGUUGCCAUUAAGCAGAAGUUUGCCACGAAUAGAGACAGAAUCAGGCUCUCGCAUCGGGCGCGGAGGUUAACGUCCCGGCCACAAAGGUCCAGGAGCUGGUACAUGGGUAGGUCGUGAAGGGUCUUGUUGAUUAGCUCGUCCGGAAGGGCGGGCGCGAUUGCCAUGGUAGAAGGAUUUCAUCCAGUGCAUUCGACAACCGCUAUAAAUCAAUCUACUCGUAUUAUUGAUCCAGACGGGGAGGUGAUAAUAAUACUGCGCCAUGCAAAUUCUCCUUUUGCACAACCAGACGAGACUAUGGUUGCUGGCAUGGUCUCUCACACCCUUCUUCCGAAAUUUUGGGAUGUUAUCCAACGUCCUGCGAAAGUAUUUGAUUUCUCAACGAUACUAAUCGAAGAACCUACCCCAGAGGUUGCCGAUGAUCCUACCACAGAGGCUACCGACGAAGAACCUAUCCCAGCUGAAGAACAACCUGCCGAAAAACCGAUCGAGCCCGAACUCAUAUGUGAUCCGCUGCACGAAAACUGCUUCCGCAUCAAAGUCUCCGCGAAACAUUUAAUAUUUGUCUCACCAGUGUUUAAGAACAUGCUCACUGGCGGUUGGGAGGAGAGCAUUAAUUAUCUGCAAAAGGGCUCAGUCGAGAUUCCUGCGGAGAGUUGGGAUAUUGACGCGCUCAUGAUCCUACUCCAAAUCAUUCUUGGUCAAUACUACGUUAUACCCCGGCAACUCAACCUUGAGUUACUUGCAAAAGUUGCUGUUCUAGCCGACUACUAUAACUGCAGGGAAACUGUAGACAUGCUGGCGGGAACUUGGAUUGAGGCUCUGAAGGAAGAUGUUCCCACAACAUAUUGCCGGGAUUUAAUACUGUGGUUGUGGGUUUCCUGGUAUUUCCGGCUUCCGUCUCAGCUCAAAAAAGCUACCUCAACUGCCAUGUCAUGUUGUGGCAACGGGAUUAGCAAUCUGGGGCUUCCAAUUCCGGGAUAUAUCAUAACAUCGAUGAAUGUCGGUAGGGACGAAGCUAUCGAUAAAUUAGUUGGCCAACUUCAUGAUACAUGUAACACCCUCCUAAGCGGCGAUCAGAGAUGUAAUUUUACGUGCAGCUCGGCCAUGUAUGGCGCACUUACAAAGCAAAUGCAUGUGAAUGCUCUGCUUUCACCGAGACCUGUGGCUCCCUUCCCUAAUAUAACCUACGAACACCUGGUACGAAAGAUAUUAUCGUUCGAAUCGCCAGUAUGGUACUCACGUCAUAGCAAAGCCGCUCACACAUGCUCUAGCUCAUCCUUGAGGAUUCUGAUUGGCGAGUUCAACGAUUAUAUUGAAGGUCUUGUCCUAAGUUUUUAGGGCCGGCAGAAAUGACAUAUUCUGUUAAGGACCUUGGUGGGGAGAUGCAAGAGAGAAUGGAUGCUUUUUCUGGAACUUGUUUGAUUAGGGAAAGCGCCAAGUAUAUACUAUUAAGCCACCAUUUGCUCUUGGAAUGCCUGCCAUCAUUAAGGUAAAAAAGCAAGUGGACCCCUGGAGUAUCAAACCCGACUACAGCCGAUGCAGCAAUGAGAUC